AUAAUUAUCAAGUAAUGGUUUUUUUUUUCUUUCUCUGGGGUGGUCUUUGUUCUUUCUCCAUUGGGGAUUCGGAGCGCUCUUAUUUUGUUUACUUCUUAAUUCUAGAUUUGCCAUUUGGGUUUCCUCUCUCUUGUCAGUCGUCACCAUUAUAGCCGCCCAUUUCCUUCCCCUCCUCUUGUUGCUCAAUUAUUCUUGACUUGGCUUCUUUCUUUCUAUUUGAGGCUCUAAAGAAACCAAUUUUCGAAAGGGUAAGCAUAGCAAAACAGCUAGCUUUCCACUAUACUCUGUUUUCUCCUUUUGUCCAAUUUCUUCUCUUUUUUCCCGUGGUUAAUUGCUUACUUGCUCAGGUUAGUUGAAUGUCCUUAAGUGGGUUGUUGGAAAUUGGAAUAGUGGGGAGGAACUGAGGAAGUUGUUAUGCAAUGAUUAAUAAUGAGUGCUUUGAUAAAUUGGGGUUUGUCUUUUGUGGGUGGGGAAGGCUGAGAAUUGGAUUAGGUGGAAGAUAAUGUCUGGAAUUAUUCUUUUUAGUUCAUAGUUUCAUAUUCAGACUGUUGAUGCCUUAAAGCGCUUGCUGCUGCUGUUGCUGUUGCUGGGUUUUCUCACAUUCCCGCAAUUUGGGUUUCUUGCUGUGGAAUUUUGAGUGGUGAUCAGGGUUCAAAUGGAGGAGAGGUAUGAGCCUAUCAAGGAGCUUGGUUCAGGGAACUUCGGCGUGGCGAGGCUGGUGAAAGAUAGGAAGACUAAAGAACUUCUUGCUGUGAAGUACAUUGAAAGAGGGAAAACGAUUGAUGAGCAUGUCCAGAGAGAAAUCAUCAACCACAGGUCUUUGAGGCAUCCAAAUAUCGUGAGGUUCAAAGAGGUUUGGCUGACUCCAACACAUCUGGCCAUCGUCAUGGAAUAUGCAGCCGGCGGAGAACUGUUUGCAAAGAUAUGCAGUGCUGGACGUUUCAGCGAAGAUGAGGCUAGAUUUUUCUUCCAGCAGCUAAUAUCUGGAGUCAGCUACUGCCACUCCAUGGAGAUAUGUCACAGGGAUCUGAAACUUGAGAACACGCUUCUGGAUGGAAGCCCUAGUCCCCGUCUUAAAAUAUGUGACUUUGGUUACUCAAAGUCUGGUCUAUUGCAUUCACAACCCAAGUCGACUGUGGGAACUCCAGCAUAUAUCGCCCCGGAAGUCCUAUCACGGAAGGAGUAUGAUGGGAAGGUAUUGGAUAUAUAUAUUAUGACUUUGUUAUGGACAUAAACCGUAGCUUUGUAGGGAAUCUGCUACUCCACCUUCAUCCUAGCUUUACAUUGACAAUAUGUACUGCCGAAAAAUAAGAAAUCAAAGGGAGAUGAAAGAAGCUGAAGUGAUGGUUGAAACAGCAGAUCAUUCACUUCCUAUUUCCCCUGUUAGUUUGAUGGUUUAUCAUUUUUAGAUUGCAGACGUUUGGUCAUGUGGUGUGACGCUCUACGUGAUGCUUGUCGGAGGAUACCCUUUUGAGGAUCCUGAUGAUCCAAGGAACUUCCGCAAGACCAUUGGGAGAAUAAUGAGUGUCCAGUACUCUAUCCCCGAUUAUGUACGCGUUUCUGCAGACUGCAAGCACCUCCUUUCUCGUAUUUUUGUAGCCAAUCCUGCAAAGAGGAUCACCAUUCCGGAGAUAAAACAGCUACCUUGGUUCCUCAAGAACUUGCCCAAGGAACUGGUCGAGAUUGAGAAGACUAACUUCAGCGAAGCAGGAGGCUGUGAGCAACCAGCUCAGAGCGUGGAGGAGAUAAUGCGUAUCAUCGAAGAGGCGAAGGUACCAGGGAAAGGUGCCAAAGCUGGCGGCGAGCAAGCUACUGGCAGUGGUGCUGGGACGUCGGAUGAUUUGGGAGGUUCCUUGGAACUGGAAUCUGACCUUAGCGGUGACUAUGUAGCUCAAGUGUAAGCAUUGCGGGGAGCUGGAGACUUUGGAUUCCUUGAUCAUGCCAUUAAGACACUCUUUGGUGUAAAUUCCAGUUGCUCAAUGUCUUUGCUUUCUGGAUUUGGGUUCAUGGUUGUGAUAUCAAAUGUCUCAAUGGUGCCUUGGGAAACCAUUUCUCUGCCAAUCAAAAGAAGGAUCCUACUGUAUUUUAACAUGUAUGUGCAGUUAUUAUGAUAUUUCAGAUCAAUAUGGCUCGAUUCAGUUUCAAUAAUUCAAGACUUUUCAUUUCGAUUCAAAAA